AUGCUGCGCCGCGCUCUCCUCUGCGUGGCUCUGACCACGCUAUUCCGCGCGGAUGCCGGCGUCCCCGAUGAGGAGGACCAUGUUCUGGUGCUCCAUAAGGGCAACUUCGACGAGGCGCUGGCGGCCCACAAGUACCUGCUGGUGGAGUUCUACGCCCCAUGGUGUGGCCACUGCAAGGCUCUGGCCCCGGAGUAUGCCAAAGCAGCUGGGAAGCUGAAGGCAGAAGGUUCCGAGAUCAGACUGGCCAAAGUGGAUGCCACUGAAGAGUCUGACCUGGCCCAACAGUAUGGUGUCCGAGGCUACCCUACCAUCAAGUUUUUCAAGAAUGGAGACACAGCUUCCCCCAAAGAGUACACAGCCGGCCGAGAAGCCGAUGAUAUCGUGAACUGGCUGAAGAAGCGCACUGGCCCCGCCGCCAGCACACUGUCUGACGGGGCUGCUGCAGAGGCCUUGGUGGAGUCCAGUGAGGUGGCUGUCAUCGGCUUCUUCAAGGACGUGGAGUCGGACUCUGCAAAGCAGUUCUUGCUGGCAGCAGAGGCCAUUGAUGACAUCCCCUUCGGCAUCACAUCUAACAGUGACGUGUUCUCCAAAUAUCAGCUGGACAAGGAUGGGGUUGUCCUCUUUAAGAAGUUUGACGAAGGCCGGAACAACUUUGAGGGGGAGGUCACCAAGGAGAAGCUUCUGGACUUCAUCAAGCACAACCAGUUGCCCCUGGUCAUUGAGUUCACCGAGCAGACAGCCCCGAAGAUCUUUGGAGGGGAAAUCAAGACUCACAUCCUGCUGUUCCUGCCGAAAAGCGUGUCUGACUAUGAGGGCAAGCUGAGCAACUUCAAAAAAGCGGCUGAGAGCUUCAAGGGCAAGAUCCUGUUUAUCUUCAUCGACAGCGACCACACUGACAACCAGCGCAUCCUGGAAUUCUUCGGCCUGAAGAAAGAGGAGUGCCCGGCCGUGCGCCUCAUCACGCUGGAGGAGGAGAUGACCAAAUACAAGCCAGAGUCAGAUGAGCUGACAGCAGAGAAGAUCACUGAGUUCUGCCACCGCUUCCUGGAGGGCAAGAUUAAGCCCCACCUGAUGAGCCAGGAGCUACCUGAUGACUGGGACAAGCAGCCUGUCAAAGUGCUGGUCGGAAAGAACUUUGAAGAGGUCGCUUUUGAUGAGAAGAAGAAUGUCUUUGUAGAAUUCUAUGCCCCGUGGUGCGGUCACUGCAAGCAGCUGGCCCCCAUCUGGGAUAAGCUGGGAGAGACCUACAAGGACCACGAGAACAUAGUCAUUGCCAAGAUGGACUCCACGGCCAACGAGGUGGAGGCAGUGAAAGUGCACAGCUUCCCCACGCUCAAGUUCUUCCCCGCCAGUGCUGACAGGACGGUCAUCGACUACAAUGGGGAGCGGACACUGGACGGUUUUAAGAAGUUCCUGGAGAGCGGUGGCCAGGAUGGAGCCGGAGAUGACGACGAUCUAGAAGAUCUUGAAGAAGCAGAAGAACCUGAUCUGGAGGAAGAUGAUGAUCAAAAAGCUGUGAAAGAUGAACUGUAA